AUGGUGCUAACAAACUUCCUGCCAAGCCGCACCAAAAAUAAUGCCGCUCCCCGACCGCCCGACGCGCCCGGCCUCGGCUGUCCCAACGACUGCAGCCACCACGGACGAUGCGACCCGACUACGGGCCUCUGCCAGUGCGAUGCGUCCUACCGACUCAAUCCAGACUGCUCCGUCGGUGUUUUCGAUCUGAAGCCCAACACGACCGUUUCGGGCACGCUCGACACCAAUCUUGUCUACUACAAACUCAACAACACCGAGGCCCGCAUCCGUAUCCACGUUGACGUCUCCCUCUCCAACAUUUCCUAUACCGUGCUCGUCGGAUACAACACCCUUCCCACCAUCAACCGGUACCUCACGGGAUGCCUCUCCCUCUCCCUCACGCCCUGCUCGCUGUCCAUCGACUACCCCGUCACCGGCGACUACUACAUCGGCAUUUACUCCGCACCCUCGCUCAACUACAACCUUUCGGCCACGUGCGGCCCCUUCUGUCUAAACUCCUGCUCCAACAACGGCGUCUGCCAGCAAAACUCCACUUGCUCCUGCCUCCCUUACUACAGCGGCACCGACUGCAGACAAUACGUGAGACCGCUCAACGCCUCUUCGCUCCUAAACGAAUGCAUGUGGCCCGCCACUAAAAUAUACUACAAAUACAACAACACCCCAAAUCAAAACCUCGACUUGCAAAUCAUGCUCCAAGACACCGACCCGUCCCUCCAACUCGCGAUAUACUCCGCCCACAACAAAAUACCAACCCCUCUCGAAUACGACUCGGCGCAGCUGUGCUCGACCACCAAAUGCUCAAUCCACGCGCAAACUUCCAGCGCCGACUAUUGGACCUUCCUCGUCUUGUUCCCCACCCACCAAGACGACAACCCACCCAGCUGCAUCAAGUACUCGGUCGCGCUCGCCGCGUCCGUCACGUGUCCCAACAACUGCUCCCUCCACGGACUCUGCAACCAAGAUGGAACCUGUCACUGCGAACCCUACUACCAAAAGGAAGACUGCAGCCUCUUCUUAAUGCCCCUCUCCAACUCAACCACCAUCGACACACAACUCCAACCGUCCCGCUGGGCAUACUACUCGCUGUCCGUCAACAUGGACAACGCCAUCUCCUUCUCGGUCUUCAACAUCACCAACACCUCCGUCUUCACCGUCGUCCAACGCGAAACGCUUCCAACUUUCCAAUCGUACAUAGAACUCUCCAAUCAGCCCUCCAACCAAAGCAUCAUCAUCCUCUCCGACUCCCAGCCGCUCAACGGCACCUACUACUUCGGCACCUACAACUCCGGCAACUCUUCCACGUCCCUCACCAUCUCCGCCUCGUCCUACAAGCAGUGCCUCAGAAACUGCAGCGGCAAUGGCAAGUGCAUAGACGGCGUCUGCCAAUGCGACGAACGCUGGGUCAAAAACGACUGCAGCGCCUACAACAUGUUCCUCAACUUCAACUCCGGCGCAAGGGGCACCGUCCAGUUCAACAGCUGGAACUACUACACCGCGAACCUCCAAGAAUCGCUCACCUUCCGGGCAUACGUAACGGAAGACGAAAACUUACUCUACGGACUCAUAUGGGUCUUCGCCGCGAACGGGAGACUUCCCACCAUCGAAGACCACGACUACGCCGACCAAAGCUCCAGCAGCUCUCACAACCUACUCAUUCCCGCGUCACAGUCCGGCAAUUGGACCAUAGGCAUCACAAGGUCCCCCUCGUCAUUGCAGCCGCAGCUACGCCACACCAGCUACACCAUAUGGCUCGUCGCCGGCUGCAGCGCUCACUCCUCCUGCACCACUUGCGUUGCCGACGCUUCCUGCGGCUGGUGCCUCACCAACCUCUUCAACCACGAAGACGGCAUAUGCGUCUACGGAAACAGAGAAAAACCGUUCGACAGCCUCCUCUCCUGCCCAUUUUAUCAGUACUCCGUCUGCACCCAGGACUCCAAAAACCGCACCCAACUCGAAUACGAAAUCGGCAUCAUCCUCGGCCUCUCCAUCGUCCUACUGUUCUGCGCCUCCAUCUUCAUAACCCACAAACUGCGGUCAAACCGUAAGAAAAAAACAAUGCUACCUAUCCGCCUUCCCAACGAACCAAACUCCCAGGAACCAACCCCGUCGCCCACUCUCUUCAGCCGAAUCUUCUCUCUCUUCAGGUCGUCCAAAAAAGAAGGACGCAGACUACUCCACGUACACCCACCCGUGUACUCCACCCCUCAAGGACCGUCCUGA